AUGGGCGAUGCCUUGCGCCCAGGUGAUGAUGGAUUCAACCAGGUCAUUCACGAGAGUCUCGGGACAUGGACUUCGUAUUUAGCUACCGAGAAAAAAGAACACCAACUCCCCCGGCAAGCCAUAAACAUGAGACCUCUCGUCAGCCAAACCCCGCCUUUUCUCGGUGAUGGAUUUGCUUCGUUCAAUGAGACAAUUUCGUUCGCUUGUGAGGAGAAGGAAUCAGCACAGGGGAAGGACAAUUUCUUCGUCAAAGGCAAGUCAACUUGGAGGACUUCUAAAGGAAUCUGUGACCCACAGCCAAAAGUCCUGCCUAACCAGCUUCUAUUAGCAGUUGGAAGUCGAGUAAAUGUGGAAUUGUCUGAAGAUUCUCCUCUCUCAGACUGGCCCGGAGUUCAGGGACUUUCGGGCUAUGACGAGGGAAACUAUUUAUCAAUCCUUUACUUUGCAUGGGCCUAUAUAAUAUCUACUCGAUGGGCUGAGCUGCUUAGUCGCUCUGCUGACCACGAAUGUCAUAUGAGCUACACUGCGGAUAGCGAUAGCAUGGAGGGCCUAUUGCUGGAGUGGGACAACCAAUCUAUGGUUGAAAUUGCCAUCGGUGAUGAUGCUUCUGAGGAGGAAGUCCUCUGGUGGCGCACUAUCUUGUGUUCUGACGAUGGCUGGGAUGCGACCGCUAAGUACAAUGGCCAUGUUUAUUUAUCGCCAUGGUCGAUCUCGGCAAAGAAGAAGGGAUUUACCUUAGCUACCAAGAACUUUUUGGGCGCCAAAUCAGAGGCCCCAUCGUCAGGGGCCGCUCUCAACUACCUCUCUCGUUUCUGUGUUCACCACCGGCUUUACGCUCAGUGCUUAGUCGCUCCUACUGGGGUACUCUACAUUCCAUUCCUUAGGGGGAGAAUAACAUCACUCCCGCUUGUAAGACAAGCUUCUCGACCGGAACCGACACAGCGUGUUAAAGAUUCGCCUGUUUCCAUUCCAGAUCUUCUUAUUGAGUAUGACGAAUUGCUUCCUUCCUAA